AGAAUGCUGGUGGAACUUCUUUGGGACUGAUAUUAUGGAUGAUGUUUUGUCCAUCUUUCAGACCAUCUAGGCUCACCCUAAUUCUAUACGUGCUCAAGGGGAAAAGGGUAGUCGUGAUGCUCUGGCUAGAUGAAAUAGACAUCAUUCAUAGAUAUCAGAGGAGAACUUCGGGACUGAAAUCGGUCAUCCUCCUCAAUGCUUUCUUGGUUCCGAGAUUGCAAUUUCUCCGCAAACUAAAGGACAGCCUAACAAAGGACACGGAUCAUCUGGGGAAGAUUAAGGCUCUUGUUACUUCUAAUUUUUAAUACAUCUUUGACAACUCACUGCAUCUGCAUCCUAAGAAUGCCAUCCUUGAAGUUGAAAAGUAUGGAAUCAGAGUAUUUCUUCAAUUUCACUGCGAUACUCCUCAUGGAAGAUGCAGUUGCAAGAUGAAUUAUAUGGAUAUUCGUUCUAAGAAGAAGUCUAUGGCUUCGAUGCAGUGAUAGCUUACCUAUUCAAGUGUGGAGAUGACAUCGAUGCGGAAACGAUGAAAACCAUGCG